UCUAGCCUGGCUCGCCGCUCUCUCGCUGGUAGCUCCGGGAAGAGCCGAGAAGCCGGCGGCCGAGGCCCAGCUGAGACGUUGCGGGUGUGGCCCGGACCCCGGCGAUGGAGAGCUCCCGCUAAAGUUUAUGAAAGUUACAACCACCCCCCCAAAUAAUCUUCCCUAAGUGUCGGACUUCCUGGAAGGGUGAUCUGCUAGGCAAAAAUCAAAAAGAGGAAAUUUGCUAGAAUCAAAAAUGAUGGAUCCAUGUUCAGUUGGAGUCCAGCUUCGUACCACAAAUGAGUGCCAUAAAACCUACUAUACUCGUCACACAGGUUUCAAGACUUUGCAAGAAUUGUCAUCAAAUGACAUGCUUUUACUUCAGCUUAGAACUGGAAUGACACUUUCUGGGAACAAUACAAUUUGCUUCCAUCAUGCAAAAAUUUACAUCGACAGAUUUGAGGAUUUGCAGAAGUCAUGUUGUGACCCAUUUAACAUACACAAAAAACUAGCCAAAAAAAAUUUACAUGUAAUUGAUUUAGAUGAUGCCACUUUUCUGAGUGCAAAAUUUGGAAGACAGCUUGUACCUGGUUGGAAACUUUGUCCAAAAUGUACACAGAUAAUCAAUGGAAGUGUGGAUGUUGAUUCUGAAGACCGGCAGAGAAGAAAACCUGAUUCAGAUGGAAGAACUGCUAAAGCUCUGAGGUCAUUACAAUUUGCAAACCCAGGAAAGCAAACUGAAUUUGCUCCAGAAACUGGUAAAAGAGAAAAAAGAAGGCUUACAAAAAAUGCAGCUGCUGGUUCAGACAGACAAGUGAUCCCAGCGAAGAGUAAGGUCUAUGAUAGCCAGGGUCUCCUGAUUUUCAGUGGAAUGGACCUGUGUGACUGCCUCGAUGAAGACUGCUUAGGAUGUUUCUAUGCUUGUCCUGCCUGCGGUUCUACCAAAUGUGGUGCCGAAUGCCGCUGUGAUCGCAAGUGGCUAUAUGAGCAAAUUGAAAUCGAAGGAGGAGAAAUAAUUCAUAACAAACAUGCUGGAUAAUUUGUGGUAUCAAAUUACGGGAUCUUUAAAGUUCCUUUCUCUAUUUCUAAAUUCUAAGGUACCUUUUAAAGUUGAUUGCCAAGUGACAGACAUGCACUCAAUGUGCACUAAUGUUGCUUUUAGGAUGCUUUAAGAUAAAUUAUUUGAUGUAAAGUUUGAUGGACUAUUUAUUACUCAGCAGUCAGCUUCAAGCCUGUCUGGGUCAAUGUAAACAAGCAGUGUAUAGGCAGUCCUCAAUUUGCACAAUUCCCAGGUCCACAAAUUUCAAUGACAGUGAUUUAGUUAAAUAAGCCAGUUCCCUAACAGCACAGUUCAAAUUUCAGUCACCAUGGUAUAUUAAUUGUGAGUAUUUACAUGAAGUACAAGCUUCCUUGCUAGCUCUUAAGUCCACAGAUCACUAUGCAAGUAACAGAUGUGCUUCAAGAUCAGUGAUCAAUCACGUUACUUCUCUCAAAUUCUGCAAGUGAUUGGUCACUGCACAUCUGUUAACUCAGUUGGCUCAGACAGCAAAGCACAGAGUUGUGUUGACUCCUGCCACCCGUGACAUUUUACAAAGUGGAUAAUCAGAAUUGGCCAACAAAGAUGGAAGUGCAGUGAAGAAAUGAAAAUGAUAAUGCUAGAAGUGUGACUUGAAUUGAACAUACAUAGAGUUGUAGAAGAAAUCACUGAUCAUGGGAAUGUUGACACUGCUGCUAUUCUAGAGCCUCUAGAUAUGCAGCUAGAGGAACUCAGUGAAGGCAAACUUAGCAUCAUAAAUGAGAAAAGGAGGAACAUGUCCCAGAAGAAGUGAUGGUAACAAACUUCACAUUAAAGGAAAUUACAGAGGUAUUUCACAACAUUGAAAGCACAAACGAUAAAAUGGUGGAAGCUAAUAUAAACUUAAAGGAGUCUGACAACUUGCAGUGGUAUAGAAAAGAUGCUUACCCAGUACCAUAAAUUACUUGACAAAAAGGCAAGUACUAUUACACCUGAUUAGUUUUUUACAAUGAAAUAACACUUCAGUUUUCAGUAUUUCUGAUUUAAAUUACAGUGUACUAAGUAAAUACUUUUUGACAAUUGUUUCAUUUUCUUUUACGUUUAUAACUGACACUUUUUAAUAUUUUGACAGAUUUUUUUCAAGGUCACAGAACAAUAAUAAUUUUCCCCAUUAAUUAUUAAGAUUAUUUUGAUUGCCAUUUUUAUGGUCCCACACUACUGCCCAUGCAAGGCAAGGACUACCUAUAGGUGAGACUAGUACCUACUUCAGGAAAAGUUAAUUUUGAUACAGCUAAGUAGUUGAACUAUUUUGGAAAUAAUCUACAUAACUAAGUACUAUAAUACAUCAUUUCUUCUCUCCACUUAUUCUUUUAAAAAAAUGUUUUAAUACUGUAAACCUUUCAUUGCUUAGACUGUGUUCUUGGUGAAAAUUUGUGCUUGGUGGCAAAAAUCUUAUUCUUUCUAUGUAUAAAACAUGGAUAUACAUAUAAUAUAUAAGCAGAUAUGCAUUAUACCUGUGGUAUUUCAAUUUAAUAGGAUGUUGACUAGGAUUAAAAGGGCUAAAAACAGCUCCUUAAUGGGGUAAUAAUGAAACAAGGUAGAGAAACACUGGUUGAGACAGAGUAUAAAUUAUUUGGAAAUUGAUUGAAUCUUGACGUUGGAAUAUGUAUGGGUACCCUUUGGAGGGUGGGGGUGGGUGGUAACGUCUCUCUGCUCUUUUUUUCAAGACAGCUAUCCAUCAGUCUGUCUAAAAUAUUUUAUUGUCUAGGACACGGCCUCUAAACUAGCUUUUUGUUUUCCUUAAGUAUAGUACUUUAAUCAAAUGAGCUUUUAACAACUUGAAAUACUUUUAGCUGUUGAAAAUAGAUUUAUACAGCCAAUUUGAUGAAUUGACCAAAAGAGGUUUAUUUUUACUCCUGUAUACUUUUGGUAUCUGUUUAAAAUGACUGGUUUUACUUUGAUGGCGUGCCAUUUUCAACCAUAGAAUUAAAAUGUCAUUUUUAAGUUAGAAGUGUUUACCGACCCAAUUAUUAGAAGUACAGUUUAUCAAUUCCUUGACUGAUGUUUCAACAGAGCACUGACAAAAAGAAUAUUUUGGCUUUCUAUAUUUAAAUCAGAUGCUAGAUUCUUUUUUUUUCCUGGAUUAAGGAAAUAUUUUAUCACAGAAGAGACAAACACAGGCUCCUAAUUUUAUCUGAACUUCUAGGUUAUUAGACCUUAGUUGAGUUACUGCCAUCAUUUUUUUUUGCUUCUAAAUAUGACUUAGUGUAUUGCUUAAGCUCUUCAUAGGGACAAGUUAAAAUCUUAGCUUUUUGGUUUGUUUAAAACAGGAACAUAUUUUCAACAAAAUAAAUGACUUUAAAAUUCAAAUUGUUAUAUUUCAACAUUCCUUAGUAGAACAUUUCUCUUAUUUUUCAAAGAUGAUAAGUUUUUUAAGGGAAACUUUCUCGAACAAUUUUGCAAAUAUUUGUUCAUUACGCCUAUUUAGGAGACCAAACUUUUAGUGAGCAUGCAAAAUGUUUACAGAGAAAGGUAUAUCCGAUUUGGAAUAGGCUAUAAUAAAAGCUGUGUUUCAGAAAAACUACAUCACAAGUCCACUUACUGUUUUAAUAUAAAAUUACAGUAAUAUAGAAUACAAUGAAAUUGUCUAGAUCCUUUUUGUACUUUGCGUAAGUAUGAUUCAAAGUGGCUAAAUUAUUUUAGAAUGCUAUUAAUCUAAAAGCAAAAAUAAAAGUUGUAUGAAACAUGUAGCUUUGGCUAUAGGUGGGUCCUUGUUGAAAAGUUAACAUAAGACCAGAAACGUUGGUCUUCCAGUGUUGGUCACAAACGUUAGAGUGAAAAAUGCAUGUGUAUAUUUGAAUAAAAUGAGUGGCAUCCCAGUGAUCUUUUUCCCAUUUGUCUUUUACAAGUAUAAGAAAAUAGCUACUUAUCUUUGGAAUAUUAUUUAUGAGAUUCUUCUAUUUUUUUAAAUAUUUUGUCUAUUUCUAGAUAACAAGCUGCUCUACAACCUGACAGUCUAUUCUAAAACUGCUUUCCUGGCGUGGAUUCAACUAAGUAAUUUUUAACAGAUGUAUUUUGAAACAUGCAUACAUAUAUAUCCAUACAGAGAGUGAUUUAUUCAGAGAAUAUAACUUAUAGUAAGUUCCAGCAUGGUUCUUAACUUUAUGGAGGUCAAAGACCCCUGUGAGAAGCUGAUGAAAACUAUGAGCUCCCCAGAAAAAUGCAUUUGAGUACUCAUAAAUAUUCCACAUUCAAAACCCCUGAACGUGUAUUGAAGUACCUGGGUAAUAGGCAUUUUCUGUAAACCACUUGAUGUUUGUUUUUUUUUAAGUGAGGAUGGCUGUCUAAAGCGUAGUUUGGUUUUUUAUGUAAUGUUGUAGGUGGGUUUUGUUAAGCGAAAUCAGAACGGUUCAGUUCGUUGAAAGACCUCUUGCUACCCUGAAAAGGCUAAAUCCCACCGUGGCCCACCGCUCCCCCUUCCAAAAAGGUAAUUACACGUCGAGUAGCAAUGUAGAAAACUGAGGUGUCUCACAUGGACUGAGCUUUUGUAAUUAGAGAUUUUCUUGCAUUAUGGUUAUGCUGUUAGAAAUAGCUUAGCAUCCUUGUACAAAUUCAUGCAACACUGCUUUAGUUUUUGCUGACAUCUGCUGGUAUUUUCAUGACAAUAAACUCUGCUGCUGCUACUUAAUGGUUAAUCUCUUUGCUUAUAAAUUAAACUAUGAACACUGGUAAUUACCUUGAAGUGGGAUAUUUUUUAAAAUUCUCAAAGUAGAAUGGCUUCUCUUUUUAGCAUU